AUGGACAUCACGCAGUGGUAUGCCAUAGGGCUUAGUGGGCUUGUUGGCCUUUAUGUCGUUACUUUUGCACUCAUCACAAUUUCUAAGAAAAUUAUUCCCCGAGUGAAACUUCUGUUUCUCCUGGUUUUAGCCGGCCUCAUGAAAAUCGGUACCUAUGCGAAGCGCCGAUUUCUCCAGCAUGUGUACUAUCCUCAGACUCACAGAUACUUGAGAGGAUCGGAGAAGAUAACACGCUUUGACCUCCUGGUGACGAUCACUUUCUUAGUCGGGGUGGUCGUCUGCACCGUCAUUCAGGUUCAGAAUAUCCCCGGCCUGAGACGACGUUCUGGACUGAUUUCUAUUAUUAACAUCAUUCCCCUGUCAUUGGGGGCUCAUAUGAACCUGCUCGCUAACGUCUGUGGAAUUAGACUCGGUGCUUAUGGACGCAUUCACCGAUGGCUCGGAAGAGUAGCGAUCGUCGAAGGACUUAUUCACACAGCCACAGCAGUAUCCUUGAAGAGGCCGAAUUGGCACAUGCUCCCAGAUAUCGGAGGCCUCACGGCUACUAUCAGCAUAGUUUUGAUGCUGCUUUCUUCACUUGCAAGGAUCCGUCAGCGUUUCUACGAAGUCUUCCACAAGCUUCACCUGAUAUUUAGUACGACACUUAUUGCCGCGUUGUUCAUCCACGGCCAAUCGAAGGACCUGUUGACACCGCCGACGGUCUAUCUGUUGGCGGUGAUAUGUCUCCAGAUAUUGACGGGUGCACUGCGAUUCGGACAAAUCUUGUAUCGAAAUAUCAAGUACGGAAAACCUCUCAACCGAGCUACCGUGCAAACGGUCACGUUCAAAAGGGACUCGGGAAGGGACAUACCGGUCUCCGACGCCGUUCACGUGCACGUCAGAUUGUCCAGACCGUGGCGGCCCCGAGCUGGACAAUAUGCAUACCUCUGUAUUCCGGGGCUGAGCCAUACCUCAUUUGCACAGUCGCAUCCCUUCUAUGUGGCCUGGUGGUACUAUGACCACGGCCACGAUCAUGUAGUUUUUCUCAUCGAAAGGAGAGAGGGAUUUACAAAGAACCUGUUCCUACGCGCCAACGCCAGCAAUGACCCUGGCCCGAAUUCUGAGAUGAGGGUACUGGUGGAGGGACCGUAUGGAAAAUCGUUGAACCUCGAAUCUUACGCAACGGUGUUGUUGUUCGCCACCGGAAUUGGGAUCGCUGGUCAGAUGCCCUAUGUCACACAGCUUUUAGAAGGCUCCCAAACCGGCCAGGUCGAAACCCGAAGGAUAGCCCUUUUCUGGGAAAUGGCCUCCGAGUUGCAUGCCGCCUGGGUGGCGGACAUGAUGAAGGUGUUGUUGGCCAAGGAUACGAAUCGGGUCCUUGAUAUCAAACUUUUCGUUGUGGGGAGGUUUCUCUCCCCUCACACUCAUAAAGGCGACAUCGCUCAACUCGGCGAGCGCAUAAAGGUCAUCUACCAAGCCAUGGACGUUGAAAAUCUGAUCCACUCGGAGGUCGGAGAUCGACAGGGUCGCACCGUGGUCUCUUUGUGCACCGACGACGAAACGAGUGACACAAUUCGCGGGAUCGUUCGGGGUAUGUUGGAACAGGAUGUACAUUUGGAAGAGCUUGAUUUUCGUCCGGCAUCGUCUCGAAAGGGAGAGAUGGCGAGGGACAUAACGGUCACAAGGUCGAAAAGGAAGGUAUCUGGCAUUUAA